UUUUCAUUAUCAACAGAGAGAGCGAGAGGGAGAGCGAGGUGACCAAAGGAUACAGAAAAAAAAAAGUGGUAGGGGAUAAAAAGAUGAUAACAACAGCAUCGACAGUCAUGAUGCCACAUUAAGAUGAAUACAACUUGUUUUUUAUAUACCUUAAUCUAAAACCGUGCAGUUAUUUCUGGAGUGGGUAUAAGAUUGUAUAUACCAUACUUUCUUUUGUAUUUUAUUUAUUUAUUUUUCGUUUACAUCCCGUGAGCUGCCGCUGAGACAACACAGUACAACACAUCAAAGCAUUUUUUAUGUAAGAAAAUGUCCAGGAAAAAGACAGUCAAAAGCAAAAAUAACACCACCCCAACAGCUACUUUGCAUUGUAAAGAGAAUGGGACGUCUGGAAAGGGUACGGGGUCUGAGAUGCCACUAAACAGUGUGGUGCAUCCGAGCAGACCCUCUCUGAGCAACAGCAGCGAGUUUUAUGACAUUGCAUUUAAGGUGAUGCUGGUUGGAGAUUCUGGAGUUGGGAAGACCUGCUUGCUGGUGCGUUUUAAAGAUGGAGCUUUUCUUGCUGGGAGCUUUAUUUCCACAGUUGGAAUAGACUUCAGGAAUAAAGUAUUGAACGUGGAUGGAGUGAAAGUCAAGCUGCAGAUAUGGGAUACUGCUGGACAGGAAAGAUUUCGAAGCGUUACCCAUGCCUACUACAGGGAUGCGCAUGCACUGCUGCUGUUCUACGAUGUAACCAACAAAACUUCUUUCGACAACAUCCAAGCAUGGCUGACAGAAAUCUAUGAAUAUGCACAGCAGGAUGUGGUGCUCAUGCUACUGGGUAAUAAGGCCGAUGCCACCCACGAGAGGGUUGUGAAGAGAGAGGAAGGAGAAAAGCUAGCCAAGGAGUUUGGAGUGCCGUUUAUGGAGACAAGUGCCAAGACUGGCAUGAACGUUGAGUUGGCGUUCAUGGCCAUCGCAAAGGAGCUGAAACACAGAUCAAUGAAGAUGCCAAACGAGGCCGGAUUCAAACUGCAUGAGUAUGUGAAUAAGGAGAUGAAGAGUUCUGGCUGCUGCAAGUCUUAAUCCUUUAGCUCUCACUGCUGAUGUGUUUGCAAGCCCAGCCAGACACUGAGAGAGGGGAAACACGCCCGGGCGGAACCGUUUAGAUUCUUUCAAUGUUAUAAAGAUGUUCUCUCAGUGGAAUGUCUGUGCAUGUCCGUACCGUGUGUCUGUACCGUGGACAAUAUUUAAGAUAUGUCUUUAAGGACGUCAAAACUAUAGUUUUAAAGCUAAGAGGCUGCCAACCACCCUAAUUACAUUUUCCUUGAAUACUACCUCCCACCCCCCACCACACAUGGUUAACCUUGAGGCAUCACAAGCCAGAGAGCCAGCUUUAGUGAUCACCAACCUACACUCUUUGCAUUUAUAUUAGACAACUAGCUCAUUCUGUGCCAAUAGUGACAUUGUGCUUUUAAACAGGGAUGUAGAAAUGUUCUCACACGCAUUGCAUGUUUUACAGAAUCAUCUCCUUCUGAGCAAUUUAUUUUAAAGUAGGAAAAAUUGACUUUGAAUUGGGUGCAAUGUAGCAUUCAUAGCACCUUCACAGACAAGUGAAGUCCUUCAUCAUUGGAGGAACUUUUUUGAAGUCAAUUUCAGCAUUCUCACUCCGUAAAGAGAGGAAACAGUAAUGCGUUUUAAUCUGGGAAACGUAUUCCCAGAUCUCGCUCCAAUUAUUCUCAUUGGAUGGUCUGACCCUGGCAUCUCUGCCCUCAUAAAUGUUACAUAACACUGUAUAAACAUUCUGGAUCCCUUUGAAAACCUGCACAUGAUGCUUACAAGUAAAAUUGUUCCAUGUCAAAUGUAUUGCAAUUGAAAAUACUGAAUUGUCUCUUAGCAAUGAACACUUGUAUUGUAAUUGAGCUCUGUUAUGUAUUUUGUAGUAUUAUUAUAGUUAAAAAAAAUGUAAAGACAACACAUUUGAUAAAUGUUAUUGAUCAUUAUGGGUCGGUUCUGAAGAAUUCUGAACGAUUUUGAACAUAUGUAGCCUUUCUGGAGGUGUUAUUUGCAACACAUUUUUUCAACCUGAAUACAUUACUAAUAUACAGUAAAUUGCAACACUAUAUUUUGCUUUUGGUCUGUUCUGUUGCUCAACAGUUAACAUGAGCUGGAUAACCACGUCAGAGAAGUGCUUAUACCUUCAAAACUAUGAUUCCUUCGUCCUUCGUACAUUGUAACAGUGUUGCACAGAAACGUAAUACAAAAAAACAAACAAAAUGAUUUGAUAUUUUGCUUUGGCUUAGCCAUGCGGUUUUUAGUCCUUGAUUAAAAAAAAAAAUUGUUUUGCUGCUUACAUUAUUUUAUUCUACAUAUGAAAUCUUUGUAGUAAUGGAGGGUACUUUUUUAAAUGUAUUUCUUAGAAAGAUUGUAAAUGGAGUCAAUUUGUUUGUUGUAAAUCUGCUUAAUAAUGUAUCUUUAAGUUCUGAAUAAAGGGAUCCACCAAU